AAAUCCUCCCAAAUCAGCUGAUCAGCUCUCCUUUGUUAAAGAAAAAGCUAUGGCUUCCAUGCUCUGCUCUCUUCUUACAAUAUCUCUCUUCAUUCUUCUCCCUUUAUUCAUCUCUCCUUCUCUUGCAGAUGCUCCCCCAUCUGAUCCUGUCUCACCAGGAACCAUUUGCAAGUCCACCCCAGACCCUUCCUAUUGCAGAUCUGUCCUCCCUAAUCAAACCACCAAUGUCUACAACUAUGGUCGCUUCUCUGUUCGCAAAUCUCUGUCACAGUCUCAAAAAUUCCUCAAACUUGUUGAUAAUUAUCUAACAAAAUACCAAUCCUCGUUAUCAACAUCUGCAAUUCGUGCUUUAGAGGAUUGCCGCUUUCUAGCUGGCCUGAACAUUGAUUUUCUGUUGAGCUCCUUCAAAACUGUCAGUGCCACUAGUAAAAUUCUGUCCCCCGUGGAAGCUGAGGACAUACAAACCUUGCUUAGUGCUAUUUUAACUAACCAGCAGACCUGUUUGGACGGUAUACAAUCUACUGCUUCAGCUUGGAGCAUAAGGAACGGCCUCGCGGUUCCUAUGACAAAUGACACAAAACUCUACAGUGUGUCUCUGGCUCUUUUUACAAAGGGAUGGGUUCCUAAGAGGAAGAGAAAGGCCGCAUGGCAGCCUAGUAGCAAGCAGCUAGCAUUCAAACAUGGGCGUUUGCUUCUGAAAAUGUCGAGCCGUGCACGAUCAAUUUAUGAGACCGUAAGCAGAAGAAAGCUUCUUCAGACGACUGAUGCUGAUGAGGUCUUGGUGAGUAACAUUGUGACGGUGAGUCAGGACGGAAGCGGAAAUUUCACUAGCAUUAACGAUGCUAUAUCUGCAGCUCCAAACAACACCAAUGGUAUAAAUGGUUACUUCUUGAUUUACAUCACUGCCGGUGUUUACCAAGAGUACAUUUCCAUCGCUAAGAACAAAAAAUACUUGAUGAUGGUCGGGGAUGGUAUCAAUCAGACAAUUAUCACCGGAAACCGUAGCGUUGUUGAUGGAUGGACAACAUUUAACUCCGCAACUUUUGCCGUUGUGGCUCCAAAUUUUGUUGCGGUAAACAUAACUUUUCAGAACACAGCCGGAGCAAUCAAGCAUCAGGCCGUAGCAGUUCGAAAUGGGGCUGAUUUGUCCGCAUUCUAUAGCUGCAGUUUCGAAGGAUUCCAGGAUACUUUGUAUACUCAUUCCCUAAGGCAGUUUUAUAGAGAAUGUGACAUCUACGGCACUGUUGAUUUUAUAUUUGGAAACGCAGCCGUUGUUUUCCAGAACUGCAACAUAUAUCCUCGACUCCCAAUGAGUGGACAAUUUAAUGCCAUCACUGCACAGGGCCGAACCGAUCCUAACCAGAACACAGGCACAUCGAUUCAUGACUGCAAUAUCGUGGCUGCUGAUGAUCUGGCCUCGAGCAAUACCACCUUUCAAACGUAUCUAGGGAGACCUUGGAAAGAGUAUUCGAGGACUGUAUACAUGCAGAAUUACAUGGGAAGUUUGAUACAUCCUGCUGGUUGGAAGGAAUGGAAUGGAACUUUUGCCCUGAGUACAUUAUACUAUGCCGAGUAUGACAACAGAGGACCUGGAUCAAACACUUCCAGUAGGGUCACGUGGUCUGGUUACCGUGUGAUUAAUUCUACCGAUGCUGCUAAUUUUACCGUGUCUGGCUUCUUGUUGGGAGACGACUGGUUACCAAAUUCGGGAGUACCUUACACUGCAAGCUUAUUAUGAGCAACUAAUCAACAGAUGAAGUUACGUUCUUUCAUUUUUUUUGUUGGGUCAUUGUUUUUCUGAUGUAAUAAGCGCGAAAAUACCUGACCUAUUCAAGUUUACAGCUCGGUAUUUGUCGAUAUUGAAUGUUAAUUGAUAUUUAUACUUCGAAUUCUUAA